GCUACAAAUGUGCUGCGCAAAUUAGCAAACCCAUUCAAUUCAUUUGUGUUUCACCAGUUUCAACGUGACGAACUUAUUGUAGGGUGUGGUGAAGAACUUAUUUAUUCAAGAAUUUGAGACGUUAUCGUUGUGUUUGUGAUAUGCCGUCAGUUACAUCAAGACUUUUUUAGUAAAAAGAGUAGUUUAAGGCGAAAGCUGUGGGAUUUAUCUCCUUUGGAAUCUCGAAUCGUUCUUUACAGAAACGAACUCAAUAAAUUGUUCGGUAGCUCAGCCGGGACCUAGAAACAUCAGUUGGCUGAAAUAUUUAAGAUGGCGCGGUUAGUGUCGAGCAACCUUAAAAGACUUUUCGUGUGCUUCCCCAUUGCUAUCCUGCUAUGUCUUUGGAGUAAAAUGCGAUCAUCACCCAAUGACAAUUAUAAUAUUCAUUUUCGGCAAAAUCACGGAAAGGAAAAGAUCUUUUACGUAAAAUCUGGAAAGUGCGAAUUGCCCUACGUGGAUCCAUUUAAUGCCGAGUUCGUGAAAAUAAACCACCCAAAGGUAUUUAUACCUUGCACAAAUGAAAGUGAUCUUAUUACUGUGCACUACGACAACAUUUUUAAUCAAUAUGUGCUACAUUUAAAUGAAGAAGUUCUUCAUAAGCUGGCGCGAUCAGAAAAAAACGACUUUGCUUGUUUUUACCAGAAAAUUAUUUACGGUCAAUCGGCGGAUCGCUAUGAUAGAAAAGGAAGCAAAACCAAACUCACUCAGGACUAUUUGGUGCCCUUGGAUGUCGAGGGAAUGUUGGUGGACUGCAGGACAGCAGACGAAAGUAUACUCCUGCAAAAAGACGCCUUUAUGUUUAUACAAUACCAAGGGGCUCCUAAGGAUUUAAGUCCAGUUCGAAAAGCUAGUGUUAUUAUGUACGGCAUAGAUACUGUUUCACGCACAAAUAUACGUAGGAUGAUGCCCAUUAUAUACGAGUACCUUCAGUCACCAGGCUGGUAUGAAAUGAUGGGCUACAACAAGGUGGCAGAUAAUUCCUUUCCCAAUAUAUUCGCUAUGCUGACGGGGUAUUCUCCAGAGUCGGCAGAAACUCAAGUUUGCAAUACGGAUUCGGCUGGAUGUUUGGAUAAAAUCCCCUUUAUUUGGAAGGAGUAUAAAAAAGCCGGCUAUUUGACAGCAUACGCCGAAGAUGAGGAAUUAUCAAAUACCUUUAACUAUAUGAAACCAGGUUUCACAGCUAAGCCCACAGAUUACUAUUUCCGGCCUUUUUUAACUGCAUUAGAAAAAGAGACUGUGAUUCAGUACAAUGCGGGCACUGUUAUGAAAUACUGUCUAGGUCGCCGGUUGGCCAAUAGCUAUAUCUUCGACUACUGCCGACAGUUUAUGCAGCGAUUCUUGGCCGAUCGUCCCAUUUGGGGUAUGUUUUGGUCAAAUCACUUCAGUCACGACGACAUAUUCAUGCUUUCUGCCAUGCAGCAUAAGAUCUUGAGCGACUUGCUCAAUUUUGAAAAAGAUGGAGCUUUCGAGCACACUAUAAUGAUCUUCUUCUCCGAUCACGGGGCUCGAUUCGGCCCUCUGAUGCGCUUGAAGGAAUCAUUUUUGGAGGAACGACUACCCAUGAUGUUCAUUUACUUACCACCCUGGUUCCGGGCAAAGUAUCCCCAACAUGUUAGGGCUCUGUCCCUAAACCAGAAUCGCCUGAGCUCGAACUUCGACGUAUACAACACCUUGAAGCAUAUUCUACAGAUGGAUAAAGAUGUAGAGGAAACCAAAUGGUCAUACGACUGCCCCCAGUGUCAGUCCCUCUUUUACCCCCUGCCCGAGAAUCGCAGCUGUUCGGAGGCUGCCAUAGCGGAGGCCUACUGUACUUGCCACAAGUACGAGGAAGUCAAGGAGGAGCCAUGGACCUGGCGCAUGGCCGAUCUAGUGGUGGAUCGCAUCAACAAGUACCUUCGGCUUUACGGUCUAGAGAAGCAAUGCAGCAAUCUUACUUUGAAGGUGGUCAACAUCACCGAACAAUGGAUGGAAGAGAUCGACGGUGAUGUCAACCGACCGCAAGGAAUGCGAUAUUAUCACACUAAGUUCCAGGUGCAUCAGAAUAGGGCCGAGUUUUUUGCCACAGUUCUGUACAACAAGGAAACAGAAGAACUCAAAGUAAACGUCGAACUUAUCAGCCGUAUUAAUAUGUACGGUACGGAUUCAGAAUGCAUUAACAACAAGAUCCAUAAGUUAUACUGUGUGUGCCUAUCGAAGAUUCGAGUCCUAGAACAGUAAAAUGAAACGUAACUUACAAAUAAUAGAAGUAUUGCAGCAUGUGUCUGACACACAAUACCACCGGAAAAACGGAGAACAGAUAAAAGUUAGGGAAACAAACAAAUAUGUAUUAAUAGCUAUUGACUUAUUGAAGGUGUUUUAGCCCAUUCAUUGUAACUUUACCCCAAUAAUGCGAACAUGCCAAUAACAACUAUUGAAGUCAA